CUAAGGAUACACCAACACGCCGUACGCAGUGUCGGUGCUGUCGUACACCGUGCACCCGGAGUACGAGCACACCACCAUGCACAGCCUCGCCGUCGUCGAGUUGGACGUCAGCGGUGAAGCAUUUCAGCUGAUCCCGGUGUGCUUACACCCUCAACAGGACACGAAGCAGGACUCACAACCCGAGAAACUUUACCUCAUCGGGUACACGGAUGAACAUAAAGCUCUGGAAAAAGUAAUUUACCAAAUAACACCCUUGAAAGAUAAAGUUUGCGAUGAGUACAAUGAACGAAUAGGGGUUACAGGGCAGAGCAAUAUCCCAACUGCGUCCGUGUGUGGGUACGCGCCAUACUCCUCCAUCAAGUGUCAGUGGGACGACGGCAUGGCGCUCGUGUCCAACGCCACCAAUGGAGUCUUCACUUUGAUGGGGCUUAGUAUCCACGGUCCCGGGUGCACGGCGCCGGCGCGGUACAUCGCUCUGUCCCCCUACGUGAGCUGGCUCCGCCUGGUGACCGGCUCCGACGCGGACUCGCCGCAGCCGCCGCAGCCGCCGCAGCCCGACCAGCCCGCUUACAUCCCCGCGCACAAACUCUUCACUUCAAAUGAAACUCGACGAUCAAGCGUGGAUUUCUAUCUUAUUGGUCACGAUUUUAUUCCUCAUCAAAAAAAGACUGAAAAACAUAAUAAAGGAGGAUGGCUGAAAAACUUCUAUAUUGAGCCUAUCGAACGAGAUAGCAAGACCCUUGCUAUAUAUCCAAUCGAAGAAUUGUUCGAAAUAUCUCCUGAUGACUGCAAAAAGAGACGAACACUAAUGUACCGCGAGGAUAUUUUUGUUACCGUGCCCGAAUCCCGCACAGAAAUCACUUAUAAGUUGGACCUGUACGAUUUAAAAACCUUGUUCUGCAAAUGUAUUACAUUGAAGGUAAAGUGUUUCGAGCGAUCCUACGCGUAUCUCUCGUUUAGAGAAGAGUUCGACUUCGUAGAGGGAACUGAAGACCUUCAAACAAUUAGGUUCGAAGUGAAUAAGUACGGAUCAAUGCCUAUCCGUACCGCGCCACCAGGCAAAAAUGCCAAACCUAAAAAGUUGAUUGACGAUCAAUCAAACUACAAACCUACAUUCAUCACGUUCGAUACCAAAAAAGGAACCGUAUUGUCUAACCAGUUGUAUUUAAGGUUUUGGUUUCCAGUGACAGGCAAACUUGAAUUAAAAAUGUAUGGAGCUCCGAUUGAUAUGAACCCUUAUACUUUGGACACGACAACCCGGGCCGGGCAUACAGAGCCAGAAUAUCACGAUCCAAGUUAUUACUUGGGCGGUAGUAUUCCACAAAUGAUGCACCGAGGAGUCGCAGACACCCUGGUGGCCGACGUGCACGAGCCGGUGAGUGCGGGACGCCACCUCGCGACAACUCCGCUGUGUGUGACUGUACUGUGCUUGCUCACCAUCACUUUAUCUUUGAACACAUUGUUAUACUUACGGUAGCUGUUCACUAUGUGUAGCAUGAAAACAUUUGAAAACUGAUAUUGUUGUAUUUAUACUAGUAAUCGAUUUAUUGUUCCAAGUAAAAGGCUUUAUGAAUACUGAA